CGCCUGCAGCGCGGAGCGCUCCCUCCCGCCGCGGCCAGGGCGGGCUGCGGCUCCCGGGCCUCCGCCUCUCCCCCGUGCAACACCAGCCCCUCCGCCACUGUCAGGGAGAUGGUGAUGAGCCUUUCCAAAAAGAGGGAGAGGAAUGACCUGCCUUAAGAUAAACGCGUGAAGCGGGCGCCCCUUGGCCGCUGGAAUAUCUCUGUCUGUCUUUAUAUAUAAAGAAGCACCGCGAGCCGCCUCACUCCGGGCGAGCCCUUAGCAAAGGAGCAACACGAGCGCCCGGCGGGAUCGGCAGCAGCGGCAGCAACAACAACAACAACAACAAGGGCACCGGGAGGGUUUCCCCUCCUUCCUCCUCGGUGAUUUCCCAGGUGGGACCCUCUUCUGACAUGUGAUCUACCGUGAGCUUUGACUCCUACGAUGACAAUGUUAUCACUGCCACAUCUCUGGGAACCAGUUAUUCACAAGUGCACGUUCCUUCAAGGCCCUGCUGGCUCUCUGAUGGUCCCUGCUGAAGCUAUCUGCAUCAAUGUCUGAAGCACCUCUCAACUUCGAGAGGUGGAAGAGACAGUCAACAGCCAUAUUUGCUGGAGUAGUGAACCAAAUUGCUUUGACUGGAACCAUUACUCACUUGCACCUUUGAUGGCAGCAGCCAGGAAACUUGAAGAUAGUCAUGCCUAUUAGAUGUUUUGAAGAUGCAGAUAGCUGUGUCACCAUGGAAGAGAUGAAGAGAACUUUGCUCUAGGAGAUCACAAGUAUCUCUGGAUCAUUCUGCAUCUCAGUAUUUAUUAACAAUGGAACAUGUCCAAAUGCUAUAAGAAAUCUUUGCAAAUGUAUAAUAAACUGAUUAGGAAAGUUCAUGCCAUGAACAGAACUGUGUAAUACUCUCAUUAGUGCACAGACACAAAUCUAAUGCCUAUAGACUACUGCGUGGAAAGUUCCAAAGAGAAAGAAAAGUCUGUGAACUUGCAACAGCCCUGGAAAAAUGGGAGCAACAAAACUUUAAAAAGCACAGCUUUGGGCACACUCCAUGUGUCUGCACAGCUUUCAAGUGAACUAGCACUUAAGACCUUGUGUAACAAAAUGGACUCUGGGGACACAGCUAUAGGACAAAAAGCUACCUCAAGGUCUGGAGAAACUGCUAAAGUACCAAGUAGAUGGAGGCAAGAACAUUCAGCUGUUAUUAAGAUGAGCACUUUCAGCAGUCAAGAAGUACAGCGGCAACCACAAAUAGAUCACGAGCAAGUAGGAAACACCGCAUCAGCACAACUUUUUAGUUCUGGGAAACUGGUAUCAUCAAAUGAAGCUGCACAGCAAGUCACUGAGAAGCAAUAUCCACAGCAUCGUCCAAGCCCUUACUCAUGUCAACAUUCACUUUCCUUUCCACAGCAUUCAUUGCCACAAGGUUUCUUGCACAACAUAAAGCCACAUCAGAGCUUGGAAAGCCCUCCAUGGCAGUUUCCUAGCCACUUGCAAUCAGUUGCCUCAGAGGACUUGUUUCCUUUUCAUAUGCAUAGCCAUAGUGGAGGUUUCUCCAGGAAGAAGAUUUCAAGUUUGAACCCUGCAUACAGCCAAUAUUCACAGAAAUCUUUAGAACAAUCAGAAGAUGCUCACAAAAAAGAGCACAAACCCAAAAAGCCUGGCAAGUACAUUUGUCCUUACUGUAAUCGGGCCUGUGCCAAACCUAGUGUACUUAAAAAGCAUAUUAGAUCUCAUACUGGUGAGCGACCAUACCCUUGUGUCCCUUGUGGUUUCUCCUUCAAGACAAAAAGCAACCUUUAUAAACACAGGAAGUCACAUGCCCAUGCAAUUAAGGCGGGGUUGGUACCUUUCACAGAGUCAGCAGUCUCUAAAUUGGACCUCGAUGCCAGUUACAUCGAUGUGGAAGCUGAAAUACAUUCAGAUGGAGAGCAGAGCACAGACACUGAUGAGGAGACCUCACUCCUAGUGGAAGGGUCUGACAAACUGAGUCCCAUCUCGCAGCUCCCACUGGACAUUGCUAGCAGGAGUGGUUUUCACUCCUCCAUGGAGGAGUCCUUGGUGGGGCCGAUGAAAGUCCCCAUUUUGAUUAUCCCUAAAAGUGGGAUUCAGUUAUCCAGUGAGAGUUCACCAUAUAUUAGCUCUGAUAUGUUGCAAACCCCAUCCUUAAGUACCAAGUCUGAUGACUCUCAUACAGUUAAACAGCGACUUGCACUAAGACUGUCAGAGAAAAAAGGACAAGAUUCUGAGCAGUCAUUAAACCUCCUGAGCCCACACAGUAAGGGAAGCACUGACUCUGGCUAUUUUUCCCGCUCAGAAAGCGCUGAGCAGCAAAUUAGCCCACCAAAUACUAAUGCAAAGUCUUACGAAGAAAUAAUUUUUGGGAAGUUCUAUAGGAUUAAUCAAAGAACAGCACUAACUGUAGCCACAACAAAUCAGGAACACAGUUUAAUGGGUAGAAAGGGCAAAACAGACCCAUCACCUCUUUUAAAUAACAGAUUAGAUAUCAAGAUGCUUGAGGAACAUAUUUCUCACCUGACUCCAAAUAAAGAGGAGCUCAUUGACUCCAGUAAUUUGAGCACUAUUAAGUCUACACAAGUUUAUGCAGGCAGCAAUACAGAAUGUAGACAAUCCCAGACCACAUCAUCCAUCAAAAGUGAAACCAACUUGUACCAAGUCAGUCAACAGGGUGAUGUGCCUGUUCUUCUAGAGCCCCCAGUAGAUUCUUCUCCUCUUAUUAGAAGUAACUCCAUGCCAACCUCUUCUGCAAACAGCCUAAGUAUUCCCCUGUCUCUGAGAGGAAGCCAUUCAUUUGAUGAGAAGAUGGCUGGCUCUGAUGAUGUAUUUUAUCCCGGGACAGUGGGAAUAUCCCACCAAAGAAUGCUGAGAAGGCAGGCUGCCUUUGAACUGCCAUCUGUACAGGAAGGGCACUCAGAUUCAGACUAUCAUGGAAGACCAGGGAAAAAUAUUAUUAUUGCUUCCAGCAGACAGACAGCAGGUGACAAAGGACCAUCCUUAAAAGAGAAGAAAGGAGACAAGACCUUUUAUGACUAUGAUGCCAGUGGAAAGCACUACAGAAAGUGGGAAGAAUUUGAAGCUCAGAAGCAGAACUACAGGGACUCACCAUCCUUAGGUGCGAACAAAGGGGGAGAGUUUUUUAUUGAUGCACUUGGACAAUCUCAGUCAGUGCCAUCCAUGCUUGGAACAACUUUGGAAAACAGAAAGCGCAGGAAAGAGGAGAGUGUUGGGGAUGAAGAAGACAGUCCUAUGAUUUGCAGCAGUACAACUGGCACCCCUGGGGGAAUUCAGCCUUUGGACUUAGAUCCCAAAUCCCAAAUUCAGGAAGUGCCAAGAAGUGGAUUUGCCCUUCAAGGCCUGGAAAACGCUCCGCAUUGCCAUGCGGAGCGGUUUGAAAUGUGCAGGCCUUACUUGCAGUCUGGAAGUCCAGCAGCUUCUUUGGAAGACUCAUCCCUUACUGCAGAGCAAGAAAAGACUGCAGAAUCACUGGUUAGAAAGCCCCCUGGAAAUGUCAUCUCUGUCAUUCAGCACACAAAUUCAUUGAGUAGGCCAAACUCAUUUGAAAGGUCUGAAUCUACAGAACAUAUUGCAUGCCAGCAGGAAAAGAUGUAUUCACCAUCUGAAACAUGUGAGAGUGAGAUUUGUGAGUCCCCGAUGAGCCCAGACCGAGCUCCACAAAUGGAAAAUGUUGACACUGGCAAGUCAUCCCCAUCCCAGCAGCCUCAGCCGUGUCAUAUGCAGCCCAGGUUGGUUCGCCAGCACAACAUACAGGUACCUGAAAUUCGUGUCACGGAGGAGCCAGAUAAGCCCGAAAAAGAUAAAGAAGUGCAGAGUAAAGAGCAGGAGAGACCCACUGAAGAAUUCCAGUGGCCCCAGAGAAGUGAAACCCUUUCUCAACUUCCAGCUGAAAAGCUACCACCCAAAAAGAAGCGUUUAAGACUGGCUGACAUGGAGCACUCCUCUGGGGAAUCCAGCUUUGAGUCUACAGGUACAAGUCUCUCUCGCAGCCCUAGCCAAGAAAGUAAUUUGUCCCACAGUUCAAGUUUUUCAAUGUCCUUUGAAAGAGAAGAGAAUAUGAAGUUCAUCACACCUCCCAAACAAGAUGAAUUUGGAAAACAGUCUGAGUUUUUAACAGUUCCAGCAGGUGCUUACUCACUUUCCGUCCCUGGGCAUCACCAUCAGAGGGAAAUGAGACGCUGCUCAUCUGAACAGAUGCCCUGUCCUCAUGCUGCUGAAAUUCCAGAGAUCCGAAGUAAAUCCUUUGAUUAUGGGAACCUGUCUCACGCCUCUUCAGCUGGAACACCCACUGUGGCACUGUCUCCAUCCCGAGAAAGGAAGAAAUGCUUCUUGGUUCGCCAAGCUUCCUUCAGUGGUUUUCCAGAGAUUUCUCAGACUGAUCAGAGCACAGAACAAAGUAUAAAGCAGGAGCAGAUGGAACAUUCGCAGGUUGGUCUUCGCUCUUCCCAGCUUGUCUGGCAUCACUCCCCUUCCUCUGUACUUCAGCCCAUUCAGGUAGAAGACUCUGGAAAACAGGCUAUUGGCUCUUGUGCUCAGCUUAGUAAUAGCUCAUCCCACCUUGCCCAGCAACAGGCUCUUGUUGCAGACAGCCCAGAAAUGUUAAGGACUCCCUUAAUCCAACAAGCACCUUAUGUUCCUAGCAAACAUCCAUCAGAGCAGCAGCAGCUAUUUGCACAUCAGGAAAAAGUCCCAUUUCCCCCUAUUCACAGCACCUUGUUUCAGUUCCCCUAUCCAGCUGUCUGCAUGGUUCACUUACCACCGUCUCAGCAGCCUAUCUUGUGGCAGUCCUGCACAGAGCCCCUGCACUUCCAGCAUCAAUUUGUACAACAGCUGCAGAAAUCUUAUGUCAAACAGGCUUUCCAAAUAGACGUACCUCCAAGUUACCACCUGGAACAUGCACCUGAGCUUAUUGGAAAGAAAGCAGCUGAUUAUGUGCAUGCUAAAGAGCAAGCAUACCAGCAUUACUCAGGAACAUCUGGGCCGUAUUCAAAAAAUAUUCUUGCUAAGUACCAGUCAGACCAUAGCAUUAAACCAACAGAUACCUCCUCUGAUCAGCAUUUUCCGACAGAUUUUGACUCCCCAAGUGAUGGAUCUGUACAGUCUUUGCCAGGAACAGUUGUUCCUGUCAGGAUUCAGACCCAUGUGCCAUCUUAUGGUAGUGUCAUGUACACAAGCAUUUCCCAGAUUCUUGGACAGAGCAACAGUCCUGCAAUCGUAAUUUGUAAAGUUGAUGAGACAGUUUCUCAAAGAACAUUGGCAACGAAUGCAACCAUGCACGGAAUUGGAUUUAACAUAGCUCAGAUGUUGGGUCAUCAUGGAGGACUAGAAAAAUAUCCUUUGUGGAAAGUGCCGCAGACACUUCCACUUGGACUAGAGCCACCAAUUCCCUUGUGUUUGCCUUCCACUUCUGACAUGGCUUCUACCUUGGGAGGAAGCAAACGAAUGCUUUCCCCUGCCAGCAGCUUGGAGCUCUUCAUGGAAACCAAGCAGCAGAAACGAGUCAAAGAAGAAAAAAUGUAUGGGCAGAUAGUUGAGGAACUAAGUGCAGUUGAGUUGACUAACUCAGAUAUAAAGAAAGAUUUUCCAAGAAUGCAGAAGCCUCAACUAGUAAGGCAGAGCUGUGCUACUGAACCAAAAGAAAGUCUGCCAUCCAUGUCAUCCUCUUCAUCGCUGUCAUCAUCAGCGUCUCAAGAUUUCCCACCUGUCAGUAUGGCAGCGGCUGAUGCAUUCCCACUGAGCAGAGAGAAACUUUCCAGUUUUGAUUCCACAUCACCGGGACAGAAGUCCAGUGGCCCAUCUGAAGGAAGAGACUCACCAGAAGAGUUGGAUGUGGAUGAAACAGCCUCAGACAUGAGCAUGAGUCCACAGAGGUCCUCAUUGCCACCAGGAGAAAUUCAGGCAGAAGACCAACUGAAACAUCAAAAAUUACCUCUUGGGAUGUUAGUCCAGAUGUCAUCUAACACUGUUGGGAAAGUCACAACCUCAACCAUUCUCCUGACAGACGUAGCAGAUUUUCAACAGAUCCUUCAGUUCCCAAGUCUGCGUACUACGACUACUGUGAGCUGGUGUUUCUUAAACUAUACGAAACCCAAUUACACUCAGCAACCAACCCUCAAAGCUUCUGUUUAUGCUUCAUGGUGUAUAAGUUCCUGUAACCCAAACCCAUCUGGGCUAAGUACAAAGACCACUUUAGCACUUUUAAGGUCCAAGCAAAAAAACACCACAGAAAUCUACACCCUGGCUGCUAUGCACAGACCUGGAGCUGGUAAACUGACAUCAUCAAGUGCAUGGAAGCAGUUUGCUCAGAUGAAACACGAGCCAUUCUUCUUGUUUGGCAGCAAGCUUGAAAAGAAAGUAGUGGGGAAUAUUAUAAAAGAAAGAGUAAAAGGAGACAUUCAUGGAGAUAAAGACAUUACAUCCAAACAAACUGAGCCGAUACGAAUUAAAAUCUUUGAAGGAGGGUAUAAAUCAAAUGAGGAUUAUGUCUAUGUCAGAGGUCGUGGCCGAGGAAAGUACAUUUGUGAAGAAUGUGGCAUUCGCUGUAAAAAGCCAAGCAUGCUCAAAAAACAUAUCCGCACUCACACUGAUGUCCGGCCUUAUGUAUGCAAGUUGUGCAAUUUUGCCUUCAAAACUAAAGGAAAUCUGACAAAACAUAUGAAGUCUAAAGCACACAUGAAAAAAUGCUUGGAGCUUGGAGUAUCAAUGACAUCUGUAGAUGAUGCUGAAACUGAAGAAGCAGAAAAUAUGGAGGACAUGCAGCAGGAGGCAGAGAAGAGCAGCAACCUGGCAGGGCUGUCAGCAGAGCACCAGUUUUCUGAUGCGGAGGAAUCUGAUGGCGAGGAUGGCGAUGACAAUGAUGAUGAUGAUGAAGAUGAGGAUGAUUUUGAUGAUACUCAGGGAGACUCGACACCAAAAACCAGAUCAAGAAGCACCAGCCCGCAGCCCCCCCGGUUCUCCUCCCUGUCAGUGAACUCAGCUGGGGCAUCACAGGGGCCUUCCCCUGAGGGCUCCCUUUCUGUGGGACACUCUUCCCUCAUCAGUUACUUGGUCACCUUACCUAGCAUUCAGGUUACUCAGCUUAUAACACCAAGUGACUCCUGUGAAGACACACAAAUGACGGAGUAUCAGAGGUUUUUCCAGAGUAAGAGUACAGAUUCAGAGCCCGAUAAAGACAGAUUGGACAUACCCACCUGCAUGGAUGAGGAUUACACGCUUUCAUUAGAUCCCAGUUCUUCUCCAAGGGACCUCUCACCUUCCAGUCAACAAUCGUCACCUGGCUACGAUUCUUCACCCUACAGAGAUAACUCACCAAAGAGGUAUUUAAUGCCAAAAGGGGAUUUGUCACCCAGAAGGCAUCUGUCACCCCGAAGAGAUAUUUCACCCAUGAGGCACCUUUCCCCACGGAAGGAAGCUGUGCUGAGGAGAGAGUUAUCACCAAGACGGGACGUGUCACCAAGACGUCACCUAUCGCCAAGGAGACCAAUGUCACCAGGGAAAGAUGUGUCUGUUCGAAGAGAUUUGUCUCCCAGGCGAGAGAGGAGAUAUAUGGCCUCCGUCAGAGCGGCAUCUCCCCGGAGGGGCUUGUACCAUAAUCCAGCAUUGUCCAUGGGUCAAUAUUUGCAGUCUGAAUCUAUUCCAGUGGGACAUUCAAGGAGGGGGUUGUCUCAGGCACCUUACUUCAACGUAUAUGGAGAAAAAGGAGGCAUGGAACAUCGCAGGUCUAGCCUGUUCCCAGAAGGUCCGAGCGACUACGUCUUCAGUCAUCUUCCACUACACUCCCAGCAACAGAUCCGAGCACCUAUCCCCAUGAUGCCUAUUGGGGGUAUCCAGAUGGUCCAUUCAGUCCCCGUGGCCCUUUCAGGUUUACAUUCUCCGUCCACUCUGGCCCUGCAGAGGGAGGUCUCUGAGGAGAAGCAAAGAGUAACUGCGGAAGCCCUUACAAAAGAAUCGUAUAGUAUUUCUAAGCACCAUGAGAAACGUACCUCUCUGCACAGCUUGCACCCCGCUGCUCCCCCCAGCGCCCCCUCCUCGCCGCUGCUGUUGCUGGCGCAGAGCACAUCCGAGGACAGUGUCGUGGCUACCGAGAGGGAGCAGGAGGAGAACAUACAGACUUGUACAAAAGCCAUAGCCUCUCUGCGAAUCGCCACAGAAGAAGCCGUUCUGCACGGGGCGGAGCAGCUGCAGAGGCCUUCUGAGCCUCACCAGAAACCCUUAGAAAGUGCACAUUUUAGCAUUAAACACUUUAGUGGAUCUGAGCCGGGCCAGCCCUGUGCCUCAGCCACCCAUCCUGACUUGCACGGUGGUGAACGGGACAGUUUUGGUACAUCACAGACUGCGCUAGCCCAUCCCACCUUUUACAGCAAGAGCUUUGUGGACGUCCAGCAGCUGGGCUUUCACAGCAGGAGCGACCCCCCAUCAAGCACACAGGAAAGGAAAGAUCCGUCAUCCGAGAAGAGCAAGCCACAUUGAUCUGAGAUGCAUGGAGACUUUCGCCCAUACAUUUAUCCCACUUUUUUUUUUUUUUUUUCUAGAGAUAGAAAAAGUAUUCAACUUUACAGCAUGCCUGUUCUAAGUU